AUGCAAUUAUCAGCGACAGAACAAAAUUCGAUACUUCAAAGUUGUAUCGCCAAUAUCAAUCAACAAUCUAAUCUUAUGAAACAUGAUUUGAAUGAAAAUAAAUUAUUGCCAGCUUUGAAACAUUGUUCCAAUUUUCUUAAUGAAUUACGAACCAACUCAUUGUCUCCAAAACAAUAUUAUGAGAUUUAUAUGUUAGUUUUCGAUUCAUUAGAGACCUUAUCAACAUAUUUGCUAAACUCGCAUACAGCAAGACAAAAGUCAAAGCAUAAUGAGGCUAAGGGCAACGAUUCUAUCAACAACGGGAAGACAGAAGAUAAUGGGGAAGGGGCAUCGGUGUUUUUAGCAGAUUUGUAUGAAAUCGUUCAGUAUUCAGGAAAUAUCGUGCCUCGAUUAUACAUGAUGAUUGUUAUUGGUACAACCUAUAUGUCGAUUGAAGGAUCGCCGAAAAAGGAUUUAAUGAAAGAUAUGAUAGAAAUGUGUCAUGGAGUGCAACAUCCAAUUCGUGGGUUGUUUUUACGGUAUUAUUUAUCUCAACGAACAAAGAAUUUAUUACCCUUCCAAAACCAAAUAGAUUUUGAAGAGACAGUGGAAUUUUUAAUCAAGAAUUUUAUUGAAAUGAAUAAACUUUGGGUUAGGUUACAACACCAGGGACAUUCAUCAGAACGUGAAUUGAGAUAUCGUGAACGGAAGGAAUUGAAGAUUCUUGUUGGAUCAAAUUUAGUUCGUUUAUCACAAAUUAUCGAUGAUUACAAUGGAGAUGCCAAUUAUUCUGCAAUUGAAUAUUAUAAGGACAAGAUUUUCCCCACUAUUACUGAACAAAUCAUUCAAUGUCGUGAUCAUUUAGCUCAAAGCUAUUUGAUUGAUGUUUUAAUACAAGUUUUCCCCGACGAUUUCCAUUUCGCCAGUUUGGAUAAUUUGUUGAACCAAGUGUUUGUUAAUUUACACCCCUUAUUGAAGAAGAGUGAAUUGGUACAAACUUUAAUUGAUAGAUUUAUUGCUUAUCAUAAAUUCUCCAGUGACAUGAAUCAAUUAUCAAUAGAAGAAACUGGAGGCAAUGCACUGGAAAUCAAUGUUGAUCAAUUGUUUCAAUCAUUUUGGCAAUUUUAUAACAAAUUAAUUACAACUGCAGACCCCCCAUUACCACCAGAAGAACAUUCAAUGCUUUUGCAGUCAUUCAUUAAUCUUUUAUUGACUUUUGAACCAAAUGAUUUCUCAAACCUAGAUAUUAUUUAUAAAUUUGCUGAAGAAAAUUUAGCGACUCAAGGGAAUAAUACCGAAGUUGAGCAGGAAAUGUGGACGCAAUUGUUGCUUGUCCCUAUAUCACAUUUCAAAUCAAUUAAAACUUUAUUGUCGUUAGAGAACUUUUAUCAAUUUUAUUCCAAAUUGGACAACAAAGCUUUACAGAAGCAAAUAGCCAUUGCAAUCAUCGAUAGAAUUUUAGAGAUUGCCAAUGAUAAUGAUAAAGAAUUAUUGCACAACACUGAUGAAAUCGAUGGAGUUUUCAAAUAUCUUAUGGUAUUAAUUAAAGUGUCACCAAGUAAAUUAAACACGGCUAAGCAUUUGGGGGUCACUAAAACGAUCAAAGUAAACAAUGGCGAGACAUUAAUUACUGAAGAAUUUCUUGACACUCAAGAGAAGAUUUGCAAGUUAAUUCAUCUUGUUGAAGUUAGUGAUGAUCCUAUUAAAAAUGUUUCUAAUUUGAUGUAUAUUAGAAAAAAAUAUUUAAACAAAAAUUUCGAGAAUAUCAUUUAUACGUAUCCCACUUUGAUAUCGAAAAUUUUAUUCAAAUUGAAAUUAGCUGGCUAUGUUAAUUUACAUCAACGAAAGAAAAUGAAAAAUGAUACGGUUGAUUUACAAAUCACAUCAAAUUUCAAAAAUCUAUCGGUGAUUAUUGAUGAAUUGUAUCAAUAUCAUCAAGAAUAUUCUUCUGAGUUGAUCCUCAACAUCUAUUUAAACGUUGCUACGGUUGCUGAUCAAUUGAAAUUAGAAUCUAUAUGUUAUGAAUUGUUCAACCAAUGCUUUGUCGUUUAUGAAGAAAACCUUAUCUUGACACCUCAUCAGUACAAGACCUCAUCAACAACUACUCAUAUCGAUCCUCAUGAUUCACUUUCAGGCGGGUCAUUGGCUUAUGAAUCGGUGUUAUCAAUUGCCAACACUUUAGUGAAAACAAGAAACUUUUCCAAAGAAAAUUACGAGAAUUUAAUCACCAAAUUGACAUUAUAUGGUUCAAAAUUAUUGAAAAAACAAGAUCAAUGUCGUGCAGUGUAUUCAUGUGCCCAUUUAUGGUGGUGGAGUGAAACAUUGUUACCUCCAGGUGAGAAAUCACCUACAAUAAGUGAUGAUAAAGAUGAAGCCAAUCUCCAGGAUAAUAGCGACAAACCUAAGGAGUCUGAUGCUGAAGCUGAACCAGAAGUUGGCUCCAAAGGGGAGCCUGAGUUAGAGGAAUCUAAUGAUGAACUUGUAUUGUAUCGUGAUCCUAAACGAGUAUUGGAAUGUCUUCAAAAAUCAUUACGAGUUGCAGAUUCAUGUAUGGAUCCGUAUCUUUCCCUUAAGUUAUUUCUUGAAAUACUCAAUCGAUGUAUUAUUUUCAAUGUUUAUGGCAACAAUUUGAUUGAUACUCGAUACAUUAAUGGGUUGAUUGAUUUGAUAAAUACCAAUAUUGAUAACUUAUCCGACGACAAGGGUCAUGAUGAAGACUUUGACGAUAAUGUCACUGCAAGUGAAGAUAAUAAAGAGGCAGUAUUGUUGAAACAAUGUCGCAGGUUUCUCAAGCGAACUUUAUCAUAUAUUUCAGAACAAAGUUUAAUUUAA